CCCACCUGACUGCUAGGGGAAAGUUUUAUCCCAUUCCGGCUGGCAGAAAGCUGGCUGUCUUGCCAAAGGUCAAAUUAUUGGCAGCUCGCUCCCGGGUUUGAUGGCUGAACAUUCUGGAAUUUUCCCAUGAAACUUUUCAGACUUUUUGUAGACUUACUGCAUUUAGAGAUCCUGUGCUUCAUAACUCUCAGAAAAUAUGCAGAACUGCAGAUAUUCAAAAAUGGGAACUCCUUUCAUUGCGUACCGUGGUCAUAUUGCCACCGCUGUUAUUGCUGCUGUGGCUUCUGCUGCUGUUGUAUUUUUCAUCGUAUCGUUGGUAAAUAAGCCGACCUUAAACCCAGAUGACUGUAAGCUGCUAUUGGCAACCUCUGAACAUGGGAGACGCCCGUGCCUGCCUAACUGGAUUGGGUACCAGAUGAAAUGUUUCUACUUCUCAGAUGAAGAAAAAACUUGGUCCGCUAGUCAAGACUUUUGCUCGUUGUACAAUGCCUCUCUAGCCAUUAUUGAAAAGGAAGAAAAGGCUUUUGUGCAGCGUUACAAAGGCACCAUUUCCCACUGGAUUGGCCUCCAACGAGACCCAAAUCAACCCUGGAAAUGGGUCAAUGGAAAUGCUUCAACGUGGGAGGUCCUCGGUGAUGGAGGGCACUGUGCCUUCCUGAAUGACGAAGGGAAAGCAAGCUGUUCCAGGUGCCAGACCCUCCAUCACUGGAUAUGCAGCAAACCUGACGAAUUCACAAGUCCAAAGAUAGUUUGAAGUCAUAUGGCUUCCAAUCCACUCAACUGGAAUUAUCUCCUAAUAUUGGCUAAAGUAACAGAUGGGCCUUAUUUCCAGAGAAGGGGAAAUUAUUUCUGCCUUUGCACACUGUAAACCUAGCAUAUCUGCUAGGGAUAUGGUUUUCCUUGGCUCUUGCUGGUCAGUAUUCAAAUCUUAGGAUGUCCUUUUUGAACAGAUAACAGCCGCUGGAAUCAGGGUGGUGGUAUGAAAUAGAGGGGACAGAGAUUCCCCCUCUUCCCCUUUGACUGUAUUGUGUUUCCCCGAAAAUAAGACCCUGUCUUAUAUAUUUUUUGAACCCUGAAAUAAAUGCUUGGCCUUAUUGCCAAGCCUGAUUGGGUUUAUUAUCAGGGGAUGUCUUAUUUUGGGGAAAACAGGGUAUUGAAAGAAACUCUUCUCAGGCCCUGGGUUGGGAUAGGUAGAAGAUGCUUCAGUUGUUUAAUCAGUUGCUUAUUUCCUCUGGAUUUUCUUCUGCAUAAUAUAGUCUGUGUUUCUGCUGUUGCACUAAUAUUAUUAUUAUUCCUUUAUACUGUUUACAUUUCUACAUUGUUUACUAGUCUAAACUGUUUACAUCUCCAUAUAGUUUAGACCGGUGGUUCUCAACCUGUGGUCCGCGGACCACUGGGGACUGGCAGUAUUGACACAGGGGAUCCCUAAAGACUUGAAAAAUGUUAUGAUUUAAAUAAAAAGUAUUUAAAUAGGAUCCGUGGUGUAGAAAAGGUUGAGAAACUCUGGAUAGCAGUAGCAAUAGCACUUAGACUUAUAUACCGCUUCACAGUGCUUUACAGACCUCUCUAAACAGUUUACAGAGUCAGCCUAUUGCCCCCCAACAAUCUGGGUCCUCAUUUUACCAACCUCGGAAGGAUGGAAGGCUGAGUCAACCUUGAGCCUGGUGAGACUCGAACUGCCGAACUGCUGCCAGCCGGCAGUCAGCAGAAGUAGCCUGCAAUACUGCAUUCUAACCACUGUGCCACCAUGGCUCUUAUAAGACCUCUUUAUUGAUUUCAGCAUUAUAUUGUUACACCUCUGCUUCCUAAGUUGCAUUGGUUGCCAGUUUGCUUCUGGGUCUAAUUCAAGGUGCUGAUUUUAAUCUUUAAAAUCCUUCAUGGCAUGGGACUGGGUUAUCUGAGCAACUAUCGGUCCCCAGUUUCAUCUUCCCAUCGCAUCAGCUCUGGCAGAGAAGGCAUCUUGCUAGGGAUCUACCCUUAGAGCAGGGGUGGGCAACU